AUGAAUUCCGGCUGGCGCGAAACCCUUUGGAAAAUCGUCCAGAAUGAGAUGGACCACUUUGUCGAAAACAUCGCCGACAAGCCAUUCGAAAUCGAGGACGAAUACCAGGAAUUCGACGACGAAAUACUCGAACGUCGCGUCCAAGAACUCGAACGACUCGGCGGAAGAGGCGACAAAACACCAGAUCGUAACAGCAACACCAUUCACUACAGAUAUCUCAAGAGAUCAGACCUUUUGACCGAUCUACGCGCAGUCGAGUAUAUUCGCCUAUUCAACAAGGAUCGUGCCAAACAGCACAGAGUCUCCAAGGGAUUCCGGAAAGCGUACAGUAUCUGUCCUCGGGAUUUGGGAAAGGAGUUCACCAAGGCGCCUAGGGAAGUGAUUGAUACCUUAAACAAGCGGGCGGACCUGAUCUUUUCGAAGAUGAACAAGCUUUAUGUGGAUUCUUUCCACCGUAUAAAUGAGGGCACCGAGUUCAUCUUGGAAACUUGGCUGAGAGGCGAGGAGUAUGAUCAAGCGAAGAUCAAGCACUCAGAGGCUCAGGUGAGCGUGCAUUAUGAUGCUUUGAAUGUCGCUUUUUGGGGCAACAAUAUGACUGUUGAUAAUGAUGAUACAACAUCAUAUGAGGAUUAUUCUUCAGUAGGGGAAGAAGUAGAAAACCUUCGAAGUAGUGGAGUUGCGGUCUCUUCUUCUCCUCACCCUCCCCAAUCGCAGGAUAAUGUUCCUCCUCAACGUGUCUGA